AUGAGAUUCGAUAUCUCAGUGCUGAGGGUAACACUUCUGACGCUGUGCCUCGGCCUCGUCACAGCAUUAGGCCACCCAUCCUCCCGCUCUGUUACACAGAAUACAGCCCUCUUGCAAAAUGUCGUCACCUGGGAUGAAAAGUCCUUGUUUGUGCACGGAGAACGAUUACUCGUGCUGUCUGGUGAAUUCCACCCUUUUAGACUUCCUUCACCUGGCCUGUGGCUGGACGUGUUCCAAAAGAUCCGUGCUCUCGGGUAUUCCGGGGUUUCAUUUUAUGUAGACUGGGCCUUGGUCGAAGGUGAUCAAGGCCACAUCCGCACCGACGGAGUCUUCGCUCUCGAAGAGUUCUUCGAUGCAGCACAAGAAGCCGGUAUCUACCUGAUUGCCCGACCGGGUCCCUACAUCAAUGCUGAGACGUCUGGGGGCGGCUUUCCCGGCUGGUUGCAGCGCUUGAAUGGUCGACUCAAGCGGACUGAUCCCGCCUAUCUCGCUGCGAUCACUCCAUACAUCAAGGCCAUAGGCAAGCUUAUCUCGAAAGCCCAGAUAACUAAUGGUGGUCCUAUUAUUCUGCUGCAAAUUGAAAAUGAGUAUUCGCUCUGCGUUAACGAAACCGGGUAUACCCAGAUGAACAAUUUAACCAUCACCUCUAUUGAGAGCUCCUGCCUCGAGAAAGAAUACAUGGCAUACGUUGAGCAUCAGUACCGCAAAGUAGGGGUGGCUGUUCCAUUUAUAUUCAACGAUGCCCUUCCGUUGGGCAACUUUGCGCCAGGCACGGGAGUCGGUGCGGUUGACAUCUACGGAUUUGACCACUACCCCCUCAGUUGGGCCACUGCGCCUCGCAAUGCGUCUGACUGGUCAGGUUUGACCAGUCCUCUGUCCUCAUACAAUUACACAGUUCACGAGGAGCAGAGUCCGGCCACUCCUUUCGCGCUAUCUGAAUUUCAGGGCGGAUGCCCUGAUGCUUGGGGCGGAGUUGGCGUGGAAACCUCUGCGGCACAUAUUGGGCCCGAGUUUGCGCGCAUAUUCUACAAGCUCAAUUAUAGCUUCCGAGCUGCCAUCCACAGCCUAUAUAUGAUCUUUGGCGGCACCAACUGGGGAAACCUAGGACAUCCUGGAGGUUAUACUUCUUACGACGUUGGAGCAGCGAUUAAAGAGGACCGUCAAGUCAUCCGGGAGAAGUAUAGCGAAAUGAAGCUUCAAGCUGGUCUUCUCCAGGCCUCCCCGGCCUAUCUACUCUCGCAACCCGAUAACGGAAGCUAUGGCGUCUACACAGAUAGUACCACGCUAGCCACAACCCGCUUGCGCACCAGAUCCACGAGCUUCUAUGUUGUCCGUCAUGGAGAACUGGCCUCAGAUGGGACCGUCUCAUACAAGUUACAAGUCCCAACUUCGAUCGGUAAUGUGAGCAUUCCUCAGCUGGGGGGCUCCCUUAGCCUCCGUGGUCGAGACUCAAAGAUCCAUGUGGUGGACUAUAAUGUGGGCGGUAUCAAUUUGAUAUACUCCUCGGCCGAAGUGUUCUCUUGGAAAAAAGCAGGCUCCAAGUCUGUCCUCGUUCUCUAUGGAGGCGAAGAUGAGACCCAUGAGUUUGCGGUUCCUGGCUCACUGGGGCUACCAUCUAAAAUCGAGGGUUCCGGAUUGAUCACCCGCCGACCCACGUCUACUGCCACGGUUAUUCACUGGUCAGUCGAGCCCUCGCGCCGGGUAGUCCACUUUGGAAACGAGCUAGAAGUCCAUCUUCUGUGGCGCAAUGAUGCUUAUAACCACUGGGUCCUCGAUCUUCCUCUCCCAGCACCCAUCCACAGACAUGCAUCCCCCGCUCGCGCUAAUAGCUCAGUCAUCGUGAAAGCUGGAUACCUCCUACGGACUGCUGAGAUUUCCGGCAGUGCGCUGAAGCUCACAGGGGACAUCAACGCCACCACUGAUAUUGAAAUCAUUGCAGCCCCCAGCGCCGUAUCGUCGCUUUAUUUCAACGAGAAAAAAGUUACCACCAGAACCAUUGACGGGCGUCUCAAAGGCCGCAUCACGUAUGAUCGUCCCCAUUUCGAGUGUCCGGAUUUGAAAUCCCAGAAAUGGCAUUUCGUGGACUCUCUCCCCGAGGUGAAGUCGGGGUACGAUGAUAGUCGGUGGACAUGGUGCAACAAUACUCACUCCAACAACCCACGCAAUCUCACCACGCCUACGUCGCUGUACUCGAGCGAUUACGGAUUCAGCGCAGGCUCCCUGCUGUACCGGGGUGAGUUCACGACAAAUGGGUCUGAGACUUCCUUCUAUCUCCUCACAGAAGGAGGUUUUGCCUACGGACAUUCGAUCUGGCUCAACUCAACCUACCUUACAUCCUGGACAGGCAGCGGGGCAGAUAUGUUCUACAAUCAGACCUUGCCUUUGAGACACCUGCAAGCCGGUGAGACAUACAUCAUCACGGUAUUGAUCGAUCAUUUGGGCAACGACGAAAACUUCCCUGCCAAUACUGAGCUUAUGAAAGAUCCUCGCGGUCUUGUCGACUACAGCUUGAAUGGACGUGACAAAGAGGCCAUUUCGUGGAAGAUCACUGGUAACCUCGGUGGGGAACAGUACCAGGAUCACAGUCGAGGCCCCUUCAACGAGGGUGCAUUUUACGCUGAACGUCAGGGAUAUCAUCUUCCUGGUGCCCCUGUCACUCAGUGGAAGUCUCAGUCACCUUUUACUGAGAUCACCGAACCUGGUGUGGGUUUCUGGUCCACUUCAUUCGAUCUCAAUGUUCCGAUGGGCUAUGAUGUUCCGCUAAGUGUGCAGUUUAGCAACACCACGGCUAAGGAUUCUUCCAUUGCCAAAUUUCGCUCAGAGCUGUUUGUGAAUGGCUGGCAAUUUGGGAAAUACGUGAACAAUAUCGGCCCACAAACACGAUUCCCAGUUCCAGAGGGCAUUCUCAACUAUAAUGGCCCCAAUUAUCUGGCUCUGACGAUUUGGUCAAUGGACUCAAAGCCCUUCCAGCUGGCUGGUCUUCAGCUACAGGCAGAUGCAGUGAUUCAGAGUGGUUAUAGAAAGCCUGAUCUGGUCCAGGGACAGCGCUAUGCCAAGCGAGUGGAUAGCUACUAG